AUGCCCAGGGACAGGUUUCUGGCUAUUUGGGCCUGUCUCCAUUGUGUAAAUGAGGAGGACCCACAGGUAGAUAAGACGGAGAAAAUCUACAAAGGCCGUCCUGUCUUCAACUACCUCGUCCCCAGGUUCAGAGAGUUCUUCGUCCCCCAAUGUGAGAUGUCUUUGGAUGAGGGAAUGAUACCGACUAAAAACAAGAUUUCAUUCAGACAGUACAUCAAAUCUAAACCAAUUAAGUGGGGGAUAAAGUGUUUUAUCUUGUGUGACAGUGACACAGGCUACAUAGUAAAUGCAGAGGUCUAUACUGGAAAGCUGCCUGACGAAAUUCCUGACCUCGGGGUCACCGGAAACCUGGUUGUCCGCCUGUGUGACCUGGACCUCAUCAAGGACCAGAACUACAUGGUCUUCACGGAUAGAUUCUAUACCACUGUACAGUUGGCUGAAUAUCAGUUAAAACACCAGGGAAUUAGACUGUGUGGCACUGCUGACACCCGAAAGAAAACAUUUCCUAAAUAG